AAUAACUGGUUAUAUCCAUCCGUAUAUUUUUAAUGUGUUAUUGCACAGUUAUCCCAAUUGGUGCAUACCGUUGACGCUGUUAACAAUAGGAAUAUAACAUGAUUUGAAAUAUGCGUUCAUGCUUUUGUAUACAACAGGCCGUAUUUUAACUAGAUGUAAUACAAGGAACUACACAAUGGUUACUAAAAAAGUAAUCGGCGAGUUGCAAAAUGCCUACGACCCUAAGGCAGUAGAGGAAGGGUGGUACGAUUGGUGGAAGGCAUCAGGAUUUUUUUCACCAAAUGCUUCACCAGAAUCUAACGCGAAGGGUAGAUGGAUUGCACUGUUGCCACCACCUAAUGUUACGGGUAAACUGCAUAUUGGACAUGCCCUUACAGUGUCUAUACAGGAUUGUCUAGCCAGAUGGCAUCGCAUGAGGGGAGAUGUGACUCUAUGGAUACCUGGAACUGAUCAUGCCGGUAUAGCUACACAAACUGUUGUAGAACGUAUGCUAAUGCAGACAGAAAAUAAAACCAGGCAUGAUUUUAGUAGAGAAGAUUUUAUUAAGCGUGUUUUCCAAUGGAAUGAUCAAUAUGGUAACAAUAUCAAGGAUCAACUAGGCAGAAUGGGUGCAUCACUGGAUUGGACACGUGAUGCCUUCACUAUGGAUGCACCUAGAUCAAAAGCUGUGAUCGAAGCAUUUGUACGAAUGUAUAACGAUGGGUUUAUAUACCGUGCAACUAGGUUAGUGUCCUGGUGUCCACAUUUGUCAACUGCACUCUCGGAUAUUGAGGUCGACACCUUCGAUGUAACGAGUCCCGUUACCAUCAAGGUACCGGGUUACGAAAAAAGCGUGGAAGUUGGUUGGUUGUGGAUAUUCAAGUAUGAGGUCAAGGGUUCAAGCCCAGUUCAGUACAUUUCAGUGGCUACUACGAGGAUCGAGACUAUGCUUGGUGAUGUCGCAGUUGCAGUGCUCCCCAACGAUAACAGGUACCGUGAUUACGUAGGUAAAGAGUUGGUGCAUCCAUUUGUUAGUGAUCGGAAGCUAAUAGUCAUUGCCGAUGAGCAUGUUGAUCCUGAGUACGGUACUGGUGCGGUAAAGCUAACGCCAUCGCAUGAUAAGAAUGACUAUGAUAUAGCCAAGAGGCAUGGAUUGCCAUUUAUAUCGAUAUUUACGGAUGAUGGUAAAAUUAACAAAAACGGUGGAGAAUUUGCUGGAAUGCAUCGUUUUGAGUGUCGUAAGGCCAUAGAGAAACGAUUAAAGGAAAUGGAGAUCCUGGAGGAUAAGGUGCCGAAUACAAAACCGAUGUCCAUACCAAGAUGCUCAAGGACUGGUGAUAUAGUGGAAUACAUGAUCAUACCGCAGUGGUAUAUUAACUGUAAAGACCUAGCAGCACGUGCAAUGGAGCAUGUACGAUCAGGUGACCUGACUUUGAUACCUAGUACCUACGUAUCCGUCUGGGAAAUGUGGCUUGGUAACAUCCAAGAUUGGUGUAUAUCAAGGCAACUAUGGUGGGGACAUAGAAUACCUGCCUAUAGAGUAAUAUCACAGGAACUUGAUGGCGAAGCGCCAUGGGUAGUAGCACAUGAUAUCCAGGAAGCAGAAGCAUUGGCCAAGAAGCAGUAUCCUGAUCUAGGAACUUUCGAGCUUAAGCAAGAUGAAGACGUCCUGGAUACAUGGUUUUCUUCAGGGUUGUUUCCACUAUCAACCUUGGGGUGGCCCGAUGAAAAACACCCAGAUUUCAUGAAGUUCUUCCCAACUACACUACUGGAAACCGGUAACGAUAUUAUAUUCUUCUGGGUAGCUCGUAUGGUUAUGAUGUCACUGCAUCUCGUUGGGAAGCUGCCUUUCAACACGGUGUACCUCCACCCAUUGGUGCGUGACGCCCGUGGUGAGAAGAUGAGUAAGAGUAAGGGCAACGUACUAGAUCCACUAGAGGUCAUCGAGGGCGCGACACUGGAUAGCCUAAUUGAUAAGAUAAAUAACUCAAGCCUACCUCAAGGUGAAAUUAAAAAGGCGAUAGUACUCCAGAAACAGCAGUUUCCACAAGGCAUUCCAGCAUGUGGAACUGAUGCGUUGCGCUUAGGACUUCUAUCACUCACAAGACAGAAUAGAGCUAUUCUAUUAGAUGUAAACAAGAUUAUAUGUUCUAAGCAUUUCGGAAACAAAAUAUGGAACGCCUUGAAGUUCACAAUGCCAAAGAUCACACAGGUACCCAUGGAUAUCAAUUCGGUGCCAUGUCUGCACUGGGAAGAUAGAUGGGUGUUGUCUAAACUGAACGAAUAUAUAUCAAAGGUAACUGCCGCUUUUGAGAAUUACCAGUUUGGUGAUGCCGUCCAGGCGGCAUAUGACUUUUGGCUAUACCAGCUGUGUGAUGUCUACCUGGAGUUGAUUAAACCUAGGCUACCUUCACACAAGGAUGUGCCGACAGAUGAUUUACCUAGAGUUGAGGGUGCUAUAUAUGCAUUGAGCUGGAGCUUCAGUAUCGGGCUCCGCCUGUUACAUCCAAUCAUGCCCUUUAUCACAGAGGAGUUGUAUCACCAUUUGCCGGAGCACCUACGCACAUCGGAGUCAAUAUCUAUAUCGGAGUUCCCAAUAAUUAAUCCCAUAUGGGAUGACAAUGACGUAGAUACUGAGAUGGAGCUUCUGAAGUCAGCUGUACACAGCUUCAGGUCACUAGCUGCAACACUAGGAAUAGCACCCAAUGUCCCCAAAACGGGAUUCGUAGUAGCACCAGAAGCUCGUGACGCUGAAUUGCUUAAGACACUGUCGAAUCACGUGGCCACGCUCGCAAAGUUUGAAAGUGUAACUGUAGUAACACAAGGACAUGAGGCACUGUCACAGUGCGUACAGGAUGUGUCACUGACAUAUAUCGCGUACCUACAGGUAGACAAGGAUAUGGACCUAAGUAAAACAACCGCCAAGCUGUCUAAAAACCUAGAGAAAUCUAGGCAGUCCCUGCAGGGAUACCUAAAGAAGAUGCAGGCACCUGACUACGAAACUAAAGUGCCAGAAAGUGUAAGACAGCUGAAUUCCACUAAAGUAGAUGAACUAAAUGUGGAAAUAAGUCAACUAGAACGGGCAAUUGCAGAACUAGAACGCUUGCGCGUGUGAACCAAUACAUAAUAUCACCAUAUAUAACUA